UGCCACGGGCACUCUCGCCCCUUCAUACUAGAUACCCUUAAUAUCCAACCCCCCAGAUAGCCAGAUGGCUCCCUCACAAAAGUCCAGUUCAGCUCUGCAAGCUACCAGGACCCAAACAUCCUCAGCAGCAACUGCCGGAACCAUAACAAUCAACCCCGACUUCACAAACCCAUCCUUUGACCCCGUCGACUUCCUCAACGAUGUCCUCCCCCCGCUGACGCUGGCGUCCUCACAAACACAAUCAUAUUCCCACACUUCACGAGGAGGAAACGGAAAAACACCUGUGAACCUUGCAGACCUCUCUUCCCGCGUUCAGUCUGUUCUCUCCCAAGCCAACGCCCUGAAUAUUCGACAGUCUAAUACCCUCACACAACUCACGGAUGAAAUCCUCCGCAGUGGGAGCAGGCUUGCAUACGAGGUUGAGAUUCUACGGGGCGAGACAAUAGGUCUCUCUGAUACAUUGACAGAUGGACUCCGAGAAGAAAUGGCGCGGUUUAGCAACGCCAAAUCUACCACUACCACUACCACAACCACCACUACAAGUACAGCACCAACAACCAUGAUCGAGAAAGAAAGCAACAACGGCGACGAUGACAACGAUGAUAACACCGAAGAGCCCCCCAUCGAAGCAGAAUACAUUACCAAACUACGCACCCUGAACGCUGUCCGCGCUCACCUUGACGACGUCGUCCAAACCUUCGGCGACGCAAUGGAAUGGCCUCUCCCGCCCUCGGAAACCUCUCUCGCGUCCUCAUUUAUCUCCGUUUCCGCGCCGGAUUCCGGGCCCGAUAGCCACAGCCGCGAAGAAAAGGGUCAGGAAGUCGCGAAGAAACUACGAACGGAAAUAGCGACACUCCUCGGUUCAGAUGACGCCGUUGCUGGAUUAGAGGCCGCAACGGACCGGAUUGAAGCGUUGCGGGUGCUUGCGACGGUGUGGAAGGGGACAGCCGAGGAGAAGGCGCGGAAUCGGAUUGUGGAUGGGUUAGCGAAGAUGGUGGACGAUAAGAGGAGGAGGGUAUUGGAUGCGCAGGGGGGUUCGUCAUCAUCGGCUUAUUUACAGGCACAGCCGGCGCACGGGGUUUCUGGGAGGGGACACCAGAGGCAGGAGAGCGAGGGACCUGGAGGAGGGAUAUUUAAGAAUCUGCAGCGGUUACGGGAAGAAAUUUAUUUGGAGUAAUUCGGUUGAUAUAUGUUUCCUCCUCCCUUAUAUCCCAUGGGUUUAAUAGAUCAUUAUCAACUGUCCUAGGCCUGUAGACUUGGUAAUCAUCGAUUGCAAAGUAUGAAGGGUCCAAAUCCGUAUCGUGGCAUUUCAUUUGGCGAACGGAAGCAAGUCACGGCAAGGAACUCUGGAUGAUCAAUCCCACCAAUGAAUGAAACAGGGAUGCAAACUGGAUGACGCGGCCAUGAGGAAGUUCUGUGCGAAGGCUUAUGUUCUCAGAGUUAAGAUCUUUAUUUAUACUUGGUGUAACUGGAAGAAAGAAGGGAUUCUUGAGGUGGAGAGAAUCAUAGGUUAAUUAAGAAAAG